UUCCCCCACUGUUUCAAUGUCAGUUGAGUGACGUAGACUGUAAUUGUCUGGGGGAGAAACUGCGAUUUGUUCGGGGGCCUAUCGCUAAAAAAAAAAAAAAAGAAAAAGGCACACUCUUCAAAUUUUGUCUUUGUCUUUUUAACUUUACCCUUAAUUUAGCAAUGUUGUUCGCUGUCUCUCGCAUUGCCCGUCCUACUGCUGCUCCCGUUAGCAAGGCUAUCCAAGCCCGUAACAUGGCUACCUUGAAAGAAAUUCAACAACGUUUGAAGUCUGUUCAAAACAUUGAAAAGAUUACCAAGUCCAUGAAGAUGAUUGCCUCCACCAAGGUUGCCAAGGCUCAACGUGCUCUUUUCACCAGUGCUGAAACUAAGGCCGGUGCUGACGAUAAGGUUCUCCUUGUUGCCUCUUCUUCCGAUCGUGGUCUCUGUGGUGGUAUUCACUCCAGUGUCAGUAAGGCUACCCGUAGAGCUAUCAUUGAGAAGCCCGAAGCUGAACUUGUCAUUCUCGGUGAUAAGUCCAAGGCCCAAUUGAGUCGUGCUGUCCGUAAGAACAUUGCCAUCUCUUUCAACCAAAUUGGUAAGGAUAUGCCCUCUUUCGAGGAAGCUGCUUCCAUUGUUGAUACUAUCAAGGCCAACGGUAUCGAGUUCGACACUGCCAACAUUGUCUACAACAGAUUCAUCUCUGUCGUUUCUUACGAAGCCGAUAUCAUCCCUGCUUACUCUGAAGCCACCUUCAAGGCUUCUCCCAACUUUGCCAUGUACGAAAUCGAGGAUGAUGUUCUUGCCAACCUCCAAGAAUUCUCUUUCGCCAACGGUCUCUACUGGGCUAUGGUCGAAGGUCAUGCCGCUGAGAUGUGCUCCAAGCGUGCUGCUAUGGAGAACGCCACUAAGAAUGCUGGUGAGAUGAUUGGUAAAUUGACCAUGACCUAUAACCGUGGUCGUCAAGCCGUUAUUACCAACGAAUUGAUUGAUAUUAUUACUGGUGCUUCUGCUCUUUAAACAACAUAAAAUAAAUUAAUGUUAGUUUUUCUUAGCACGUUAUAUACUUUUUUACGAAAAAAAAAAAAUUUAAAAAAAGGAGAUUCAUUAUAAAAAUCCUUUCUGUUUGUAACAAUUUAAAAUAAAAAAAAAAUUAUACACUUUACAACAAUCAUGUA